CGCGAUGAGACAAGAAGGUUUAUUUAUUGUGGCUCAUCCUCUCUGCACGGACAGAAGCGGCAGGAGUCGACAGACGUCCACAUCACUGUCUCAUCCUCUUCAUAUAGAUAAACGAGAAUGUGGAGCACCAGCUCUGACACCCACCCGUCAGGCUUUGACCUGACCACGGGGUUGGAUGGGGGUAAAAAGGGGGGCCACGGGUCUGGAGAUGUGAACAAACAACAUGGAGGAGACCAGAAAAAAGAGGACCAUGGUUCUCAUGGCGGAGGAGGCGGACAUGAUGGUUCUCAUGGCGGAGGAGGCGGACAUGAUGGUUCUCAUGGUGGAGGAGGCAGCCAUGGUGGUUCUCAUGGCGGAGGAGGUGGCCAUGAUGGUUCUCAUGGUGGAGGAGGCGGCCAUGAUGGUUCUCAUGGUGGAGGAGGAGGCCAUGAUGGUUCUCAUGGUGGAGGAGGAGGCCAUGAUGGUUCUCAUGGUGGAGGAGGAGGCCAUGAUGAAUCUCACGGUGGAAGAGGCGGCUGUGAUGAACCAGAGAGAAGAGGCCACCAUGGUGAUGGUGGUGGCAGAGAAGGCUGCCAUGAUAAUGAUCGGAAAAGUCACAGCCCCAGUCGUCGUCAUCGUCGUGGGAGUGGAGGUGGGAGCCCUAGACGCCGCAGUGGUGGAAGUGGUGGCAGCGGUAGCAGCGGUGAAAGCUCUGGUGAGGACGACGGCCACAGAAAGCAUGGGCGCAAACACAAGAACAAGCACGGCAAGGGGCACGGGCCUGGGCAAGGCCGAGGGCAUGGUCAUGGUCACGGGCACGGAAGAUGGUAGAAAGGCGACCGGAGAGAACCCGAUCAACAAUCUGCACAAACCGAUGUCGCUGAUUAACUCUGCUGCAGAACAAUGAAGUCAAUCCUGUAUCUGCACUUCAAUAAAAUGUUUCAAAGAUGAACACAA